AGAGGUUUAUAAAGAGGAGCAGACUGCACGAGCUGCUUCACUUCUCCCAGCGGUGGACUUCUCUGCACAGGAAUGAAAUCAGAAUAAGCUGAAUAAUGGGUGCCCAGGUUUCAGUCAAGAAUCAGACUCCUUAUACCUGGCACUUUGCCACCCAGGACAGAGGGUAUACACGCGUCGAUGCUGGCUGCACGACGUCCUAUCAGGAGGCCAGGUUAAUCCAUCGCUACAUCUACAUCAGAUAUGAAAAUCACACAUGGGAUAGUUUUAGAUAUGAGUUUAACACUCAUAAAGGCGACACCUCGUUUAUCUUAAGGGAAACCUACGACCGUUCUCAGAUUCAGCUGCACUGCACCUCCGAGGGCGGCACUCAUUACUGUUCCAACUACGGAAAAAUUGAAGAAGAUGAAAAACGGAGACAGCAAGAGGAGGAGAGAAGACGCUUGGAACGUUUGGAACGUGAGCGAAGGAUCCAACAGGAGCUGGAGAGAAGGAGAAAAAUUGAAGAAGAUGAAAAACGGAGACAGCAAGAGGAGGAGAGAAGACGCUUGGAACGUUUGGAACGUGAGCGAAGGAUCCAACAGGAGCUGGACAGAGAGAGUGAGUUGUCCAGACUCAAGCUUUCUCAAGCAACUGAGCAGCUUCGUGAAAAACAGAGCUUCAGAGGUCAUGAACAACAUCAUGAACGCACACAAGUUCUCCAUCAGCAAAUAGAAGACGACGCUGCUGCGAUCGAGAGGGACGAGGUUUUUGAUGUUGAAGAAAAAUUCAAAGAACUUUUGUUAAAGUACCAAAUCACAGAAGAUAAAGAGGUACAGCAAUACAAGAUUUGGGGCAGGAUUAAGACGCUCCAGAAUGAACUUACAGUUCAAUACUGUAGAGAAAACAACCUUUCCAUAUGGUCUCAGUUUACCUUUGAUCACACUGUAGGAUAUAACGAACUGUCUCUUACUGAGAAGCUCACAGUUCUUGAGGCAUCUCUACAGUUCAUUCUGCACAGUAGCACUGAAGAUGCUAAAGAUGAUGGAGAUCAGCCGUUUGGCUGGGAGAAGAAGUAUGACUUUCUCUUGGGUUUGGAGGAGCAGCUUCAUGCCACAAAUCCAACUUUGGCUGAACGCAUUUUGUUAAAUGUACUUGACACGAUUUCAGAGCUGUCACCACAAAGUAGGGACAUUUUGGGUCAAAUAUUAUUCAACAGAAUCUGGACACCAACAGAAAUGAUGCUCUUCAUUUGCAAAAGUGCAGCUAUCAAAUGUGACAAACUCGAUUCGGUUCUCCACAUGGCACAAACCUACCACCUGGACUGCAUCCUCGUUCUCUCUGCUCUUACGAAUGAAAACCCUUUAAUGUUUCUUCAAGAACAAAUAAAAAACGACAAGGAAAAAGAUGCAGACACAAUUGUGAAGGAACUUCAUGAAGCAAACUGCCCUGAGAAAGUCUUGGUCCUGUUGAAGGAUGUGCUUAGAUACAUGGAGUUGGAACUCCCAAAAUAUCAAUUGGUGGACCUUACCAUGGAACAAAUCGAUGAUUUGAAAAGGAAGAUAAAAUCUCUUGAUCUUACAAACCCAGAUAUCAACGUUCUGAAAGAUGUAUUAAUUGGAAUGUCAAUAGCAGUGCAAGACUCCUCAACAAUCACCACAAAAGACAACACAGUGAUUCAAGGCUAUUUUCCAAGAUGUACACAACUAGCAUCAUUGCUUUUGCUCCUCCUGGCACAGCUGACAGAAAAUAAAGGAUGUCUUCUUGAGAUUGGCACCGGUGAAGGCAAGUCCUGUAUCUUAGCCAUGUUUGCUACAAUUCUGGCCGUUCGUGGAACAAAAGUGGACAUUGUGACCAGCUCUCCAGUUCUCGCCCGACGAGACCAAGAAGAGUGGAAAAAACUGUUUGAAAUGUUUGGUGUCACCUCAUCUGUAGUACCGCCACCUUUCUCAAGUGCCUAUUCACCAGAGGAACAAGAGAAAUGUCUUAAAGAUGCUUACAGACAACAAAUAGUAUAUGGCACAGUGGGAGUCUUUGCAGCAGACACACUUAAACAGGAAUUCGAGAAGAGGACUACUCGCGAUACAAGACAGUUUGAGCUUGUAAUAGUGGAUGAAGUGGACUAUAUGACCUUGGACAAUGGAGUUCAAGUGACGUUCUUGUCCCAUGAAUCUAGCGGAUUUAGGCAUGUGGAGCAAUUGCUUUCCAACAUAUGGGCCAUGAUAUCUACUUGUCAACCAAUUGAAAUGCUUGAGACAGGUGAGAUAAAAUGGGCGACGAGGAUACAGUACUUUCAUAAAGCUGUAACAGCAGCCAUUAUGGGUCUGGAAACAUCAGACAGCUUCUCAGCAAACGAGAUCUUGUUGCCCGGAGUGACUUUGGGGUUCUACACCCAGGAGGAUAUUGAAAUGAUAAAUCAAGCUGAGAGCAAGAAAGAGAAAGAAAGUGAAGGUGCUGAGGACGGAAUGUCCAAAGCAUUAUCAGAAGUCAUGAAGAAACUUGGAGUUUCACAACAGUACGAUCUUCUGAGUAUAUUUGAGGAGGUCUUGGAGAACAGUGCAGUGUUUAAGUGCUAUUCUUUGGAGAACAAGAAAGCCAAACGUUUUGAAGCUCGGGAAAAACAAGGUGACCUUAAUGUUGAAAUUCUACUGCUGGAAGGAGGACUGGCAUGCGAAAUCAUGUCUGAGAAGUCACUCAUCGAUGCAACUGUAAGCACAAUAAAGUCAUCUAUCAAGUACUCAGACAACCUCCAAACAGCCGAAGAAUCCAACAACUUCAGUGUCAUCCCUGUUUUCUUAAAAAGCUAUGUUGAGAACCAGUUACCAGUUUUUGUCGAGAAUGCACUAAAGGCUGUUGAGAUGUCGCGGGGCCGAGAAUACAUGAUCGACACCUCGCCGGCCGCUGAAAGGGAAGCUGCAAACAGUUGUGACAUACAGGAGUAUAAUGCGAUAAUUCCAGUGGACUUCAAAGCGAGCGGUGUGCUGGAGAAAAACAAGAAGUGGGGUAAUGGCCUUCAACAAUUUUUGGAGUUCAAGCACCAGCUUGCGAUUUCAUCGAUAUCCAAUGUGACAAACUACAUGUCAAAUUUCCAUUACUUUAAGAGGUACCUCAGUGGGAGUGGUAUAUUUGGUGUUUCUGGUACAUUAGGAGGUAAGGCAGAUCAGGACUUUCUGGCAAGACAUUAUAAAACAAAGAGUUACACUGUACCUGCACACCGCCAUAAAAGAGUGGUCGAGCUUCCAGUCGUCCAGGUGAAAGGUGGAAAUCACCAAUGGAUCCAGACUAUUUGUGAAACUUCAUGGAAAGUAGCAGAGAGAGGACAAGUGGUCUUGGUAAUUUGUGAAGAUGUUAAAACGGCAGAAGAACUACAUGAGAAAAUACAAGAUGGAGGCAGAUUUAAGCCAGAACAGACUACUCUGUACACAAUCAGCGAGAAGCACAACAUUGAAAAAGAGAAAUUCCGUGCAGGCAGAAUCAUCAUUGCUACAAAUCUCGGAGGACGGGGGACAGACAUAAAGGUUGAUGAAAGUGUGAAUGAGUGUGGUGGUCUUUUCGUUCUUCUUACUCACUUUCCACACAACCGAAGAGUGGAGAAACAAAUAUUUGGUCGUACAUCUCGAAAAGGCAAUCCUGGGAUGGUCCAGAUGGUCGUGAACUGUGAUCAUCUCGCACCCGCUUACCAAGGUCAGUCUGUGGAAAUCAUGCGACAACUAAGAGAGGAUUAUGAAAUUAAACGAAUCCAAGACAUGGAAAGUGAUGAGCUGGUUGAAAUAAACCUAAAGGAAAACCUGUUUUCCACAUUUUGUACUUUGCUGAAGGACUUUGAUGGGCAUUACACAGAGCAAGAAAAACGGGACCCCAUGCGAUUGCAGCUCAAUAAUAUUCCUGAUUGCUUUACACAUCAUCAGCCUAAGUUUGAUUAUCAGCCUGCCAUCAACGCUUUGAAAGAAUCUUGGGCCUUGUGGUUGACCCUUCAUGAGGAGCACAUCAAUAGGCAUGAUGACCUCAGUCAACUUCAAGCAGACCUUACCAGAACGAUGAAGGAAACAAGUGGAAAGCUGCUGCAAGGAGAAUGCGAUAAUUUCUAUGAUCAUGUCAGACAGGCAAUUGUUAGAACUGACCUACACUGCCGAAACAAAUCUAGCAAUGACUAUGGAGCUAAAUCCUAUUGGCAAAAAGUUGCAAACUCUGACCCACACUACAAGGCUGUGGCACUGUAUAACCAGGCGUACAUCACCAUCAACCUCGGCAAGGGGAAUUAUAAAGCAGAGGCUAUGAACCUGCUGAAAGACGCAAAGAAAUCCAUUGACGUCUACGUCUCAGAAGUCUCAAACACAAUGAUCUCAUGUAACUUAUCAGUCACUGGUAACAAAGAUCAGAGCACAAACAGCAACAACUUUCAGAGUCAAAUGGAGGCCAGAAUGAACAUCUUUAAGUCUUGGAUGACGUACAUUGAUAACGCAUUGAUUAAACUUAAAGAGCUGGAGAAAAACAACAAUGACGCCAUUACAGAGGACUGUUCAGUCUACGCGCUUUCUGAAGAAAAGAAUUUCAUCGUCACAAAUGAGCUGAGAUCGUUAUACGACUACGGCCUGGGUGUUGUUUUUGAGGUGAAACAGAAGCCCAAGUUUUGCAUUGAUGCUUUGAUAUGUUUCAUACUCGGGGUGGUACAGGUGCUCGCCGGCAUUCUUGUUUGUGCGCUGACACUUGGAACAGCCAGCCAGUUUGGAAUGGGCCUGAUUUCAGAAGGAGUGUCUGACAUGAUCAAUGGAAUAGAGGGGAUGAUAAAGGGCACAUUCGAUUGGGUGUCAUGGGCAAUAUCUAAGAGUAUCAGCAUCGGGCUUGCUUUGCUAACGGCUGGGUUUAGCGUUAUCAAGAAAGCAGUUACCUCAGUGUUUAAAGUGACAAAAAGUCUCCUCAAUGGUACAAAGUCUUUCUCUGCUGUUGCCUCUGACUUCAUCAAAUCAGGAAAGGCAAUGUUUACUUCAGUCAAAGGAAGCGUUCAGUCUGGUUUAUCAUCCCUCGGUAAGGAAUCUUUUAAGUCUGCAAUGAAGAACAUGACAUCUUCUACAGCGCUCAGACAGAGCUUCAAAUAUGCGACUAAAUACGCAGCUCAGGAAAUCGGGAAAAAGUCUGUGCUCAGUGCCAUGAACUACGCAAUCGAUGCAGUGCUUCAGGAAGUCUUUAAGAAGAUUUUACUAACAGCUUUUGAGAAUGUCGUUACUUCAUCAGUGAAGCAGAGCAGUAAACUGGAUCAGACUCUUGUCGAGUUCAUCAGCUCAGGUGUUCCGAAAGCUGCAUUGAAAAAAGAAAAUUUCAAGAUUGACCAGAAAUAUGAGAAGCAAAUAAAAAAAACAGUCGAUCUGCUCUGUGAAGAGAUAAUUCCUCAAAUCAUACUGGACUGUACCACAGCAAAGGAGGUUAUCAGCAAACUCUCUGAGGUGUGUGAAGCAGCAACAGAUCUUAUGAAUAAAGCGAAACUGUCAGGUGUGCUUGAAACUGCAAAGCUUGCUCUGAAAGUAGCCGAUUACACAACAAAAUUCGUUCAAAUAUUGGGUGCCGUACCAACAAAGGAGAUAAUAGACCAGAAAUUUGUUCCUGGAUUACUGAAGAGCAUCAGUGAGCUUCAGAAAGACAUGACAAAAUAUGACCAAGAUGGACGACACAAUUUAUAUGAUGUGCAACGCCUUAAAGGAGAACUUCUACAGAUCGUCGCUCAAAAGGUUUCUGAGCAAUUCAUCAAAUCCUGUUCUGAACAUAUAACUUCUUUAAUGACCAGAACAUUUAAGAGUCAGCUGACCAAUGCUGCUGGAAAGGCGGUAGACCGCAUCAUGCACAGACAUAAAACUCAGAGUUUCUUUGAUGACCAGAGGCAAAAGCACAACAAGAAAUCUGCGAGCCACAAGGAAGUGGACCAGCUGUCAGAUGAGGACAAAACAAAGCUAAUGCAGUAUACAGAAGAUAUGAGCAAAGCCGAUCAUCCCGCUACAGCCCUCGAUGUGUACGUGCUCACAAAAAGUAACCUGCUCGAUGGAAAAGGAAUUCAACUCACUGUCGUUGAUGAAAAUGGAAAACAGCUCACUGAGGAACGUUACCCAGGAACCAACAAAUCAGCAGGUGAUAUAAAACUGAAGUUAACCAAAUCUGCAAAAGCCCUGCAUCCAUCACAAGCUGGUGCACAGCAGUACAGCGGCCAGUUCGACAUUGUACAGGAUGAUGGCAGGAUAAUCAGCGUCGACUCGGAUCAUCAGAAUGCUCUUUACCAUGCAGUAGCACAAGCAACUGGCAGCAAGACAGAAGACCCAAAGAAAGAAGCUUUGAUGCUACGUGAGAAAGUGAAAAAUGAGAUCCAGACAAACCUUGAAUCGUACGUGCCCAUGCUUAAUCUCCAGAGAGGAUACGACUUCUCUCAGAAAAACCCCAAGAAAUACGCCAUAACUAGAGGAAGUAAACAGGAGACAGACGCUGCGCUGCAGGAAUACUUACAGAGUGUUAAUUUCAUCAGAAGUGAGGAAUGUAUCCUCAUCAAAAUGUACCAUCUCGGAUUUGUUGGUGAAAAUAAAAGUGUUCUAAGUGCUUGCAAGUCCAGUAAGAACACCACUGGGACACUUAACACAAGCCAUAUUCCACCGAAGGACUCCAUCAGACAAGCUCAGAUGUUCCUGGAAAACUCAAACUCAGUGAACGAGAUUAAAAAUAAAAACCCGGAGUUUUAUAAACUGAUCAGCAGCAUAAAGACAGACAAUAAUGGACAGAACCUGAUUGCCAUGGAGGUUCUGGGACAAGAUCACAGACGAGCUUUAACUACGGGCCCAAGCACCCGCUCACAGAUGGCCAGGAAACUUCUAGCAGACACCAUGAUCAGUGGAGACGUAGAGCUUCUGCUGAAACGCUGCAUGAUUCUGCAUCACCCGCUCACCUCGCUGAAGCUCAGAGACGCUCUAGGUGAAAGCAUUCCGUCUCAGGGUCACGUUUUGUCUGAUGACGGUAUCCGAGGCUACUACAAAGCAGGCUACAGAAACCUGGUGUCGAAGUACAGCCGCAUGGGAAUCCUGGAUCAGAACCAGCGUGAGCGUCUGGCCGAGUGGGUGACUCAGGACCAGCACGAGGACACGAACACCGAGGAGUACCGCCAGGUUCUGCAGGCAUUACAGUGAAAAGCAGAAGGAGAACAUGUCUGGUGUUAGUAUAAAUAUGAUGAUGAUGAUGAUAAUGAUGAUGAUGAUGAUGAUGAAGAUGAUGAUGGCUAUAGUAAGUAGGAAAUGAUUGAUCUCUGCCACUGAAAUCGUGUUCACUGCAAAAAAUAUCGCAUUUUAGCAAGUAAAGAGAUUUUGUUCUAUUAGUAGAUAAUUUUGAUAAUGUUAAGCAGUUAUUUCUAGAAAGGAGCAAUAGAAUAAGAGCAUUUCAAAAUCGAAAUCAGUAUCAGUUUUGUGAAAAAAUUACAAUAUUGCAGUUUAAUUUUUUCGUGAUUUUGUUGUAGUUACAUCAGCACGCAUAAUAAUAAUGUUCUGAUGUGUGUGUUUGGGGUUUAAAUGUGUGGAGGGUAAAAAUAUUACAGAGUUUUCUUCAGUAGCUCGUAGGCUGAUGCACUCAUUAAAGCUUCGUAGUGUAGAGCAGGAACGACAUUUCAAACUUCUCUGUGAUUAAAAGGUAAAAUACGAUUAAAAGCUCUGAUUAAAAGGUAAAAUCCACACUGUGAAAUCAUUUUACUUAAAACCGGGUGUUGAGUUUAUAAUCAUUAAGUGUUAUUGAUAUGUUAUAAUGUUAUAAUCAUUAAGGGUGUUGAGUUUAUAAUCAUUCUUUCCUAAUCAGUGAAAUGAGGAGAUUUUGCGUGUUACACACGCGUACUGUAAAACGGUUUGUUAUUAAUCUGCAUGAUGCUGGACUUAUAGCUGUAACUGAUCUCACUUUAUGAACAUUUUGCCAUUAAAAUUUUACUAGUUUA